AUGACAACUUCAUCAGACAAUAUGAAAGAACAAUUACAAAGACUUCCUUGUCAUUUUACUUGGAAUUUGGAGGACAAAUGUAAAAGUGAGUUUCCGAAAUAUAUGCGAUAUAUUGAUCAGCAUUUGCUAUCCAAUCCAAAUGAGAUGAGAGUACCAGCCAAGGCAUUGAAAAGCUUCCUGUACAUGUCAGAUCUGGAAGGCAAUUCCACGAAAUACAAGAAACAAUCUUUGAAGUGGAUCGACGAGGCUUUACGUGACAACAAAAUGACAACUUCAUCAGACAAUAUGAAAGAACAAUUACAAAGACUUCCUUGUCAUUUUACUUGGAAUUUGGAGGACAAAUGUAAAAGUGAGUUUCCGAAAUAUAUGCGAUAUAUUGAUCAGCAUUUGCAAUUCAAUCCAAAUGAGAUGAGAGUACCAGCCAAGGCAUUGAAAAGCUUCCUGUACAUGUCAGAUCUGGAAGGCAAUUCCACGAAAUACAAGAAACAAUCUUUGAAGUGGAUCGACGAGGCUUUACGUGACAACAAGUUAGAAAUAGGUAAUAAUGACUGGGCGAUUGGUGACAAGGAAGAAGAAGAUUCUUUAAUAAGAAUCCUGCAAUUAAAACCUGAUCACGGUUUAGCAAGAGUAUAUCUAGCGAGGCUUCAAAUAACCAAAGGUUCACAGGACGAUGCAAUACGCAAUGUAGAGAUAGCCGUGGAGUUAGAUGGAAAUAACUCCAUUCUACUUCAAAGGGCCGGCCAGGCGUAUAGAAUUAUGCAUAAAUUUGAUGAAGCUAUCAAAUUACUUAAAAAAGCAAUCAAAUUUGAUCCUAAUUCAAGCAUUGCUCAUCAUCAACUUGGCAUUAUUUAUAAACAAAUGUAUUAUACUGGAAAAAAUACCGACCAAGAUUUAUCAGCUAAAUCCAUUCAACACCUCAAAAAGGCACUUGAGAGCGAUCCAGGUAAUUUUGCAGCGAAGAUCGAUUUGGCAAAAGUAUCUAUACAUUCUGGUGUGCCACCCGAAGAAGUAAAAAAAAUAUUUAUAGAACUUCUGGAAUGUGAUGAUUCCAUUGACAGAGCAAAUGCCCAUUGCAAUUAUGGGAAAUUUCCAUACCACCAGGGUGAAAAACAAAGUGCAGCUGAACAGUACAAAUUAGCCAUGAAUGUUAAACCUGGUAGCUGGGGUGCUAUUGAGUCAGCCAAGCUACUUAAACUUGGCGAGUGCGGUUGUUUACAGUCACAUCAUAUACACAAAUAUAUGCGAUAUAUUGAUCAGCAUUUGAUAUCCAAUCCAAAUGAGAUGAGAGUACCAGCCAAGGCAUUGAAAAGCUUCUUAUACAUGUCAGAUCUGGAAGGCAAUUCCACGAAAUACAAGAAACAAUCUUUGAAGUGGAUCGACGAGGCUUUACGUGACAACAAGUUAGAAAUAGGUAAUAAUGACUGGGCGAUUGGUGACAAGGUAGUGCUUCUUGCGGAUAAAGCAUGGAUUUCAUAUCUUUGUGGUAACUUACAAGAUGUGCAACGACUGAUUAGCGAGAUAGAUGAACUUCAAAUACAAUUGACAGAGAAAGGAUACGCAUGUCGAUUGGCACAUGAAGCUUUCGCUCUGCAGUGGUUUAGCAGGACGCACAUCAACAAUGCUAUACAAUGCUACAAGCAAGCAUUGUCCAUGUUUCCUGAUAACGUGGAUUGGUUAUUUGGAUAUGCCAGAGCAAUAGGUAAAAUUGCACAUGAAAUUACUGACAAAAAGAAAAGAUCUGCAUGUUUACAAGAAGAAGAAGAAUUUUUAAAAAGGAUCCUGCGAUUAAAACCAGAUCACGUUUUUGCAAGAGUAUAUCUAGCGAGGCUUCAAAUAACCAAAGGCGAAGAAUCACAAGCAAUAUUAAAUAUAGAGAAAGCAUUGGAGUUAGAUGGAAAUAACUUCAUUCUACUUCAAAGGGCCGGCCAGGCGUAUAGAAUUAUGCAAAAAUUUGAUAAAGCUAUCAAAUUAAUUAAAAGAGCAAUCAAAUUUGAUCCCAAUUCAAGCUUUGCUCAUCAUCAACUUGGCAUUAUUUAUAAACAAAUGUAUUAUACUGGAAAAAUGACCGACCAAGAGUUAUCAGCUAAAUCCAUUCAACACCUCAAAAAGGCACUUGAGAGCGAUCCAGGUAAUGUUUCAGCGAAGAUCGAUUUAGCAAAAGUAUCUGUACAUGCUGGUGUGCCACCCGAAGAAGUAAAAAAUAUAUUUAUAGAACUUCUGGAAUGUGAUGAUUCCAUUGACAGAGCAAAUGCCCAUUGCAAUUAUGGGAAAUUUCUAUACCACCAGGGUGAAAAACAAAGUGCAGCUGAACAGUACAAAUUAGCCAUGAAUGUUAAACCUGGUAGCUGGGGUGCUAUUGAGUCAGCCAAGCUACUUAAACUUGGCGAGUACGCAUGA